AUAUUAUAAAUCCCAACCAUUAUUCCCUUCUUCUUCCCAUCGACCUCAAUCCUCGCAUCCGGUAAAUCUCACCAAAUGCCACCCCCUUCAAGGUCAAAAAUCAGCGUCAUCAAGCCAAACACAUUCUCUCUCUAAAACAUUUUUAAUUGCCAUAAAAGUACAAGCACAAAGCUCUACCUUAAUUGCUUGCCCAGAGGGAUCUCUUGCAUUUCACUCUCUCCUCUCAUCAAACCAAAGGGUGAAAAGUGAGGUCAAUUGGUGAGCAACAUGUAUCUUUUGAGAAGACAAUCUCAAAAACCAACCCCUGAGGAUGAUUCUGCACAAAAGGAUGCAAAGGUCAAAGAACUCAGGGCUGCACUUGGCCCCUUAUCUGGACGUAAUUUGAAGUACUGCACCGAUGGAUGCCUUCGGAGAUAUUUGGAAGCUCGGAGCUGGAACCUUGAUAAGGCGAAGAAAAUGCUUGAAGAGACGCUGAGGUGGAGGGCAACUUAUAAGCCAGAAGAAACCCGUUGGCAUGAAAUAGCGCAUGAAGGUGAGACUGGCAAAGUAUCUAGAGCUACUUUCCAUGAUCGACUUGGGAGGAGCGUGCUUAUACUGAGGCCGGCAAAGCAGAACACAAACUCGCCCGAAGAUAAUAUCCGCCAUUUAGUCUAUCUUAUAGAAAAUGGUAUCCUCAACCUUCCUGAAGGUCAAGAACAAAUGUCGUGGUUGGUUGACUUCACUGGAUUCUCAAUCAACACCAAUGUCACCGUCAAGACAGCCCGGGAUAUUAUUAACAUUCUACAGAACCAUUACCCCGAGAGGCUUGCGGUUGCAUUCCUGUAUAACCCACCAAGAAUUUUUCAGGCAUUCUGGAAGGCUGUCAAGUACUUCCUGGAUCCCAAGACCUUUCAGAAGGUGAAGUUUGUAUACCCUAAAGGUAAGGAAAGUGUGGAGCUCAUGAAGACAUUCUUUGAUGUUGAAAAUCUUCCGAGCGAGCUUGGGGGACAAGCCACCCUCAAGUAUGACCAUGAGGAGUUUUCACGAAUGAUGGCGGAGGAUGAUGUGAAAACUGCCAAGUUCUGGGGAUUUGACGAGAAGCCUUGCCAUAUAACAAAUGGGCAUUCUGAAGCAGAGGUGGCACCGGAGCCUCUCCCCGUCGCACCUGCGGCUAGCUGAUUAACCCUGCCCCGCCCAGUGAAGUACAGUAAGAAUUUAAAGAGAUACAAUGAGUACAAGGCUACAAGCUGAACCUACUUAUAUUUGUCUUGUUUUAUAUUCUGAAUGAGGACUGGGAGGAUUCAUGGUUCAGUUCCUCUCUGCGGGUUAUUAAGCAUUUGAACUACUGUGCUUAACUGCUAAUUACGAGGGAAAUCGUAACCUGUGUGUUGUUUUCCUGACAUUCUAUAUUUUUUAAUGGACUUUUCUAUAAUAUUUUCACUUGA